UACAAAAUCUUUAUGAGCGCGCGUCACCUGUUUCAACAGAAUUUUUAUCUUGAACAUGUAGAUCUGGAUUUAUUUAUACAAGUGAAUCAAAAUUUCAAGAAAAUGAAAGAUUUCUUCCAGCUUGUAACGAUAAAUUUUGUUGACAAUGUACACCUAAUAGUGUAUAAUUUCACGUCAACGAGGUAGUUAAGUAGAAACGUUCGUGUGCUGAACAGAUAUUGAAGUGAUAAAUUGCAGAUGUGAAUGUAACGUGGUCUAUCCCCAUAAAUAUCGCUUUCGAAAAGGAUGUCAUAAUUUAUAACGAACGAUAACGACAUUAUUUAUAACGAAUUUAUAACGAUACAUAUAUAUAGUAUUAGUGCUCAACACAAAAUGCAUCCGCAUUGAAGCAACAUCGUUCAGUGUUGAAUUGAGUAACAUGUUUUUAAACUUGUACCUUGAUAACGACCGCCUUUUUAAGGUACAAGAUUUUGAGAUAAAAAAGACACCAUCCACCAUUUUUCCUACAAAAAAUCAUUCAUUGAUAAGAGCUUCAGUCUACUUGCUUAGGGUCUCACCAAAAUUCACCAACACACCUUGAUUGAAAAUUGUACUUUCAAUUGAGCGAUACUGUUGCUCUGGUGCCGACUGUCAGUCGAACUUAACACAGUGUUAGAAGUAUUGUACGUGGCUUUCAAUUAGUUUCAUCGGAGUUGACUCGGAGUUGGGUACAAAUAACUCCAGAGAAAUAAGUGAUUUCGAUGGAAGCAAAACUGUUUUUCUUUGCCAUUGGCUGGUGGUUGUGUUGCUACCAUCCAUGGACAAAUGUUCAUGGAGAAUACUAUUCUUCUGUAGAACAGAUGCGGAAGCUACUCAAGCUCGAAGAAUCACUGGUUGCCAGUCUUGGACAGUAUAUUAAACUGCACGAACAAAAGAUCGAGUUUCUCCAUAGGCAGCGCGAUCUGCUGGAGAAAGAGUUGAAGAAAGGAUUGAAAGAUGAUAUAGAGUAUUCUUCGAAUCCGGUAAGUGCCUUUCUGAUGGUAAACCGCCUUGUCAACGAUUGGGAGCGUCUUCGUGCCUUCAUGGACAUGGAUGUUGGUGCAAAGCUACAAAACACUACGGAGAUGCCGACACAUGAAGAUUUAAUAGGAGUGGUUGAAGGGUUAGCUCGUUUACAGGAUAUGUACGAACUCAAUGCAAAAGAAAUGGCAAGUGGCAAACUACUUGAUCGGACUAUUGGUCGCCAGCUAAAAACGGCGGAAUGUUAUGAAAUAGGAAAUAAACUAACGGCUGCAAAAAGCUAUCGCCAUGCGGUCAGUUGGUUAAGGGAAUCGCUGCGUUUGUGGACGAUGGAUAGUCCUGGAGUAAGUAAGGUGGAGGUCAUGAACGCUCUUUCCUACGCACUAUCCCAUCAAGGAGAGUACGAAGAAGCGUUAGAACUGACACAAAAAGUACUAAAACUACAGCCAGAUAACCAGCGCGCUCUCAAUAGUAAGGAACCGCUCGAAAAAUGGAUCGAGUAUAAGAAACAGCACGGAUUGCCACCGCCAGUACCAGAGCCUUAUGUAAAAAAUUAUCCCAGUCUAUGCCGGGGAGACGACCAACGGCCUGCUAAAGAAUUGGCCAAAUUACGUUGCCGCUACGAACAUAAUCGGACACCUUUUCUGCGAAUUUCACCGCUUAAAUUGCAAGAAGUAAAUCAUGAUCCAAUGAUUGUUAUGUAUCACGACGUGAUAUCUAACAAGGAAAUCGAUGCAAUUAUUAGUAUUUCCAAGCCGUUGAUGCACCGUUCAAUGGUGGGUGAUGAUCACGAGAAGGCUGUUUCUAAAACGCGCACCAGUAGCAAUGCCUGGCUCGAUGAUGUUAUGCAUCCAGUUGUACGUACUCUCUCCCAACGUACAGAAGAUAUGACCAAUCUAGCCAUGACGGCGGCCGAAAGGCUGCAGGUCGGAAAUUAUGGAAUCGGUGGACACUAUUUACCUCAUUACGAUUAUGCUGUUGCUGAAGAAGGCAAAGAGGUUUAUCCUUCCAUUGGAAAGGGUAACAGAAUAGCCACCGUUAUGUACUAUCUUAGUGACGUAGCUAUUGGCGGUGCGACAGUUUUCCCACAGCUCGGAUUAGGUGUUUUCCCUCAAAAAGGAUCCGCAAUAUUCUGGUAUAAUUUGCACGCUAAUGGCACGGUCGAUCAUCGUACAUUACAUGGCGCAUGUCCAGUGUUUGUAGGCUCUAAAUGGGUUGGAAACAAAUGGAUUCAUGAGCGUGGACAGGAAUUCCGCCGUUCCUGUGAACUUGAUCCAAAGGUUUAAGCUGCUAAAGGAGACAUGGGCAGGUCGCCAAUCCGUUUCCAGGAAACUCGGUCCUGUGCUGCAGUCCUCCAACCACGGCUGCAUCUGAUCUCCGACAGGGUCGACUGCACCUGAUCCAGCCAACGAGCUCGCUGUGCUCCUCUACGCCUCGUGCUGAACGGGUCGCUGACAAGCACCUCCCUGGUAUGGCAUGAGUCCGGCAUCCUCAUCACGUGCCCCAGCUCAGCUUCUCCACACACCCUGCUCACACACACCGCCAAAGAUAGUCCUUAGCACCCGCCGCUCGAAAAUGGCGAGUGCAUUGGCGUCCUCCGUUAGCAUAGUCCAAGACUCGUACCUGUAGAGGACUACCGGACGAAUCAGUGUGCGAUAUAUGGUGCAUUUUGUGUGUUGCUGGAGUCUUCUGGAUCGUAGGAGUUUGUGGAGCCCGUAUUAGGCACGACUUCCCUGAACAAUGCGUCUUCGGAUUUCGCUGCUUACUUUGUUGUCCGAAGUUACGAUCGUACCAAGGUAGCAGAACUCCUCUACCACCUCGAGAUCGUCGCCGUUAUCUGAUACUCUGCUUCUGAGUCGGGCUCUAUCACGUACAGAGCCCCCGGCAAGCAGGUACUUUGUCUUCGUCGCAUUGAUCCUCAAUCCAAUCCUCUCGGCUUCACGUUUCAGUCGGGUGUACGCUUCGCACGCUUCGUACGUCCGAUGAUGUCGAUGUCAUCCGCGAAGCCAAGGAAUUGGAGAGAUCGCGUGAAAAUCGUGCCCCCGAUGUCGAAGACCGCGCUUCGCAUGACACCUUCCAGAGCGAUGUUGAACAGCAAACAGGAGAGUCCGUCCGCUUGCCUCAGACCCCGGUGAGAAUCGAACGAUUCCGAAAGCAUGUUCGUCACUCUCACCUUGCACUACACCCCGUUUAUAGUCCAUUUUUCUUGGCAAGCCAUGAGAUUUUUGUGGAGAAUUUUUCAAAAACCGGUAUUUCCAUACAAACGCGUGCUUUUUCAUUGAACUGUCAACCAGCUAUCGAGUGUUCAAUUAAAAAGCAUGCCAAAUAAAAAGCGUUCAACUAUUGAAUUCUGACUGUAUUUUGAAACAAACAAAAAAAUUUCAAUGAACUCAAUGACGUGUGAGAAAAAAAAUCUAAUAAUUGGUCCGAGGAACAGUCCAGAAAGCCUCUAAGUCAGGAGAUAGGUUCUACUUUAGGUGGCCGCCAUUGUAGAUCCGGAAGUAUGAAAAUGUCGCGGCAUCAUUUAUCCAAAAAAGUAACUGAAACAAAUAACCUUCUUUUAGAAGUAACGGGUUUCUAUGGCCUUCGAUUCUUAUUAAGUACCACUUAGCCGGAUAAUCAAUCUUUGCUUAGGGCGACGGUCGAUACGAGGCUUCAUCCCAGGCUGAGCAUCUUGUAAAGUCGGCCGAGUAAAACAAAAAUAAUAAGAAUACAAUUUAUCUGGACUGGAUAGUUCCAUGACUACGACAUAUUCAGAUACUAUUCAGGUCUCAAAUUAUUAAAGGGACCAGUAUGGAUUUCGGAUUAGUUCCAGUACCCUUAAGUAUAUGUUACACGAUUUGCAUGGGGUCAGGACCAGUUACAGGACCGUUAUGGUUUCCGUGUAACGGUGUAACUGGUCCGGUACGGUUUUGGAGCAGUUUCAGUACAGGAUAAGAGCAAGAUAUAUUCCAGGCCCGUAAUGGCAGAGGCCCACGGGUAAUGUAUUUUCAAAACCAAGUGGUCCGUUAUCCUAAAAAGGUUCGAGAGCACUGCGGUAUUGGAUCGGGAUCAAUUCCAUGACCGGUAAGGGACUAGGAUCAGUUCCAGGGACAGGUUCAUGACUAAUUAAACACCUGUAUGGGAUUGAAAUCAGUUCCAGCACCAGAAUGAGUUCUGUAAAAUUCAAGGAUUGACAUAGGUUUGAGAUUAGUCCCAGAAUCGGUUUGCAUUCUGAAUCAGUUUCUCUUAGUGCAUCCCUUGAAAUAAAAAAUAGCCUGGAACAAGCGUUGCAUUAUCAAAAAUAAUUUGCACGUAUCAUAAAGGUAUUAAAUACCCCCGAAACUAUCUUACAUAACUAAGUAACCAGCGCAAAUUAACUAGUAGUAGUAAAAUACGACAAAGAAUGCGUCAUAACAAGGACAGUGUAACACGUUACAAUUUUAGUGACAGCAGGUCCGAGAUUCCGUCCGUCUUUUCCGUCAUCAUCCGUAUUUUUUCGAUAGCUGAACGACGACGAUUCUUUUCUUGUUUUAAAAUAGUAUUGUAUGUUUAAAAUUACCUUCCAUGGGCUUGUAGUUGACGUUAUCAUUUUGUUGAAAUUUUUACCUUUACGUCACGUAGAGACAUUUUUCAUUAUAAAUAGCACCAACGGGAUGUGGCAGCGUAAAUCAACGAAAAAUCUAUCUUCUCAAAGUUGUUGUCCAAAAGAGAGCAAAACAAAACCACUCUGCUGAAUAUAACAUGUACUGUGACGAAUGUGGUUUGAGGUUUGAGGCCUUGCCAGUUACGGCCAGGUCAGCUUGUGUAACAUGAGGAACUUGUUCUACGCUGGUAACCUAACGGUUGUAAAAGACCUUGAGCUAUUAAAGUCAUAUUUUCAUACCAUCGUCAACAAUUGUGAAUUGUUGUUUUUAUGUUCAAUUCAAGUCAUAUGGAAAGUUUUAACGUAGGAUUAAUUUAUUAUGCUAUUACGUAGGAUUAAACUGCUUAUACAAAUAUGAGCAAGAAUGUUUCAUUUGAACUAACUGCAUGGAUUAAUUUGUUGUUUUGCGUUCACUUACUUGCUCAAUGCAAUACAACAAUAGAUUAAUCUGACGAAUCAUAUCCCGGAUGCAAACAAAUUACCGUGAUAUAAAGGGGAAAAUGGUUAGCUGCUAGUGUUAUUUAACGUGCGACUCAGGCUGCUACAAGUCGGUAAAGAAGCCGGUUCAUUCAAUUCGAUUUGUAAUUCAAUUGAAAGGGAGAAAAGAGAACUUUCCAAUCAGGCGGCUUUUCAUUUUGUUUGUCCGACUGGUCGGAACAUUGAUUGAUACUAGCAGCCUAUACUAGCCUGAGGGAGAAUGAAUGCUUAGCACGAAGUAGCACUUGAUGGAAGUUCAUGGCCAUUCGAUGCCCACAAAUACAGCUAGCAACGGGGUCUUUCCAAACGGUGUCGAUUUGAUAUCGAAUGGGAGGGGCGAACGCAGAAAAGCAAUAGGAUUGUAUCAGUCGGUGAAAUCACAGGGAAGGAACUUUGUGAGAUAUCUCGUUGGCCACAACAACGUAUGUACUCCAUCUUGGGAGGGACAGUGGUGAGCAUACUUUCUAUUACACCCGAAGACAGACUGAAAGGACGAUGUGGAUCAUCCACCGGAAAAAUUGCAAUGUCAUUUUAAGAUAGCAACAGUGAUAGUUCCGGAGGCGAUGAAUAAUUAAUAUUUGCUCGUGUGUAGAUGUAUUAAUACGCAUUGAACUCAAAAAGGACGACACAAGCUUGAUGAUGAAUUGGAUAUUUUUGGUCACGUGUGAGAACUCUUCAAUGUUCUAAUACCUAAACCUACGAUUUAAGUCAAUUGUUUACUGCCAUAUUUUGUAAAUAUCAAUUUCAAUCAACAAAAUAUACAUUCAAGACAGAUGUAUCGGGAAACGUUUGUUUACCAGAGUCAGACUAGUAUAGCUUAGAGGGAAACUAAAUCUCAACAAAGGACAUUAUUUGCUAAUAUGGGUGAAUGAAACUGAUGACCAUUCAACAUUGAUUAUAUAAAGCUUGACAAUAAAACAAGAAUAACGUAAUGGGUUAAAACAAUCCUCAGUAACCCGUCCUUAUGAUG